GCUAAAGGAAGGUGAUAAACAGCAUAUCCACCUAUAUACUUGAAAAUAAUUUGAAUUAAGAUAUUAGAUACAUGGGGCAGCCAUGGACACAUAACUUAUAACUUAAAAUUAUGACGCAUGACUUAUUUUAUAAGUUAUAAGUCAUAGAAACGUCCGACGUAUAAGUUUUGCGUCCAUAGCUGCCCAUGUAUCUUUCAAUUUUUAGCAGAGAUUAUUUUUCAUCGUCAAUAACACCAUCAUUCUUAUAACUAUUUACAUACACAAAGUAGCGUCUAAUUCACCUGUGGAGAAUCCAUGAAUCCGUUUGUAUAUACACGUACUUCUGUACAUAUGUACACACAUACACACAACGAUGGAGAGCCUACUGCUUGACCGGAAUAAGAUACUUUGGAUUAGGGCUCACCGCAACGGAAUUUAUUUAAAUUAACAAAAUUUUAAGAUGGAACUUCCCCACCAGACAAAUCCUUGGCGUAAUCGGCCAAACCUCCAAGUCGUUGAAGGAUUCCUAGGAAAAGGAUAUUUCGGAAAAGUGUGGAGGGCCCAGCAUUCCAUAGACAAAAGCGAAUAUGCCAUAAAGCAAAUUAGUCUCCAGAAAACCAUCCAAUAUUUUGAGGGAGAUGUGAGCAAAUUAUUACGCGAAGUUGUCCACCUCGCCAGAAUCAAUUUCAAUUCUGAGCACAUCGUAAAGUAUCACGAUUGCUGGAGUGAAGGACCCCACAGCGAUGAAUUAGUAAAGCCAAGCCCAAAUCUGGACAAGCUCUUAGAAAACCCAAGUUAUACUUCUUACUCAGAAAUGGAAGAUGACACGUAUAUUUUUAUCCAAAUGGAAAUGUGUCACGGAACUUUGGACACUUGGUUAAAGAAUUUGGACCCACAAAAGAGGCGCUUUCAAUAUAAAGAAGAAAUUUACCAAAUUUUACUCCACCUCGUUACUGCAUUAAAGAGUAUCCAUGAACAAAAUAUUAUCCAUCGGGACUUGAAACCUGACAAUAUAUUUUACAAGAAAAUACUACCUCAAAAUAAAUUAAUAUGGAAAAUUGGGGAUUUUGGACUGUCCAUUUCGCAUAAAACAAGCACUGAGAAUCAAACUACUAGUGCUUUAUCAGUUAAAGGCAACGUCCGUUACGCCAGUCCCGAAAAAAACAACAAAUUUAACUACGACGCAAAAUCAGACGUCUUUAGCCUCGGAUUGGUCUUUGUCGAGAUAUUGUACCCCUUCCAGUCGACUCUGGAGAGAAACACAAUUUUCGACAGUAUCCGGGAUAACACAGAUUGGACACAUGUAUCAAAGCUUAUCGAGACAAGAUAUUCACCAGUCGUAGCUAAAAUUUUGAAGGAAAUGCUUCAUAGUGAUCCCAACGUGAGAUGGAAUAUCGGACAAGUUUGGAAGCUACUCAGCAAACGGGACCAAGAACAAGAUAGCUCACUGGAAUCCUCAGGAGCUACAGCUUCUUGGGAACAGAAGCACAAUUCGGACCUUAGUACCGAGCCUCUCCUAAAUUUUUGCGUGCCCUCAGCGUCGCGUAAAUUCAUUGGGAGGGAGCAGGAGCUUAACGUUUUAAAAAACUUACUGAAAACCACUUUCCCAAUAAUCGUCGACGGCCCGAGUGGCAUUGGAAAAACUGAAAUCCUAAAACAAUUUGUGCACAUAUUACAAAAGGAAGUCAAACAUAACAAAAUUACAGAUAAACGGGUCAAGUCGUACUUCAUUUGGUUGGAGGCCGGUAGCCCAGGAAUUUUCCGAUGUUCGGUCAUCCAUUUGGCAAAGCAAGCAGGAAUUCUUAACCAACAUGUACCAGCCCCACGCAAUUCCGAGAAACCCACGGUUGAACUACUAUUAGAAAUCGUGUCCAAAGUAAGAGACGGAAGUAUUGUCCUCAUCCUGGAUGGCGUCAGAGAUAGCAUCAAUCCUGUAAAUGCUAGCAGUGCAAAAAAACUUUACAUGGAACUGGAAAAUCUGGUAAAUUCGUUGACAAAAGAUUUUUACCAGCGACAACAAACCGGUGGAUUGAAUAAUUUGUUAUCGGUAAUAAUUUCAACCACGCACAAUUAUCUCCCCGCAGUCGACAAGCUCCUCAAAUUUGGAAAAUGCUUACAUCUCCAAGAGCUACAUGAGAACGACGUGGUCAACUUUGUCAAACAUAACAUAAACGUAGAAUCCAAUCCCGAGAAUUCCAUCAAAUUAUGUUCACUACUUCAUUGUCAUCCUCUGCCUUUACAACUUGCUCAUGGCUACAUUCAAUAUCAGCAGAAGAUCAAUUUCAAUUUCGAGGUUGCAAAAUAUCUCGAGUUAUUUGCGGAGAUGGAAAACAGCAACACAAUUGAAUACGAGGAGGACGAAAUAUCCAUCCACUUAGGCGACCCAGUCUCUCUAUCCCUUCUGAUAACAUGCUCCCUCACGCUGGGAGCCCUCAUUAGGCCCCCAAUUGACUCAGAAAUUUAUCUAGAAGCUGUUCAACUUCUCCAAUUCUUGAUCUACCUCCACCCCCGGAAGGACAUAACAUUUAAUUUCUUGCUCUUCCUCCGACUGGGGAAGGAGGACAAGAGAGACAGAAACGCUAUUAUGGUCAGAUCUCGAAGGGCAACCCAAAUUCAGACAUCUCUCACCCUAUUAAUCGACUGUCAUCUCAUUACACAAACCUACCCUCCGCCAGACGAGUAUGGAAACGUGAACCAGAAAAAGACAACGCUUCACGUCAACCAGUACAUUUCUUGGGCUGUCCGAACACUUCUCGGUCUAGAUGAAGAGAUCGAAACGCUAACCCAACUUCUCAACACAUAUGUGAAGAAUGACCCAUAUUUUUAUCAGUUUUCCGGUUUCGGCGGAGAGGAAAACGUGCACGGACAUUAUAUCAGUCUUUGUUCCCACGCUACCCGACAUGACACCUUGAUCUCUCAGUUUCCGUACCUGUUUCAAAAGUUUUACAACGUCCACUUCGAAAUAGGGUUAGAAUCUCUAGAACAAUCGGGCUCUGAAAUUAUCGCCACAUUAACCAGAGUACUCGGCGCGAGUAAUAUUUACACGUUAAACGUUGAGUUUAAUCGAGCUAUUGCGAAAGAGUUGGAUCUCCUUGACCUGGGCGUGGAAUCUUUGGAAAAUGUGGUGAAAGUUGUCACCCUGUACAGAAAAAUAUUGGAGAGACAGUCAAAGAGAUUUGGAGACAGUCACGAAUUGACGCAACGCGUCCUGUUUGCCUUAAGCAAAUUAAUAUUUAACAAUUAUUCCAGAGAUGACGAAAUAUUUUCCUUGGAGGAAGCGGUUCAGUUAAGGGUUCGCAUGAAAAAUGGUAAAAAAGCAGACAUGGGAGACAGCGAUGUGUUUCACCAUGCCAUGAAAUACAGUGGGAGGAGUAGAAUUAUUCGGGCGAUGGAAAAAGGGGAGCAAAUCGAGAUAUCGUCCAAGUUCUCUUUACAACAUGAAUUAUUGGAAGUAUUGGCUUAUUCGAGGAUAUUAGUUGAAAAUGGAAAUAGUGAUAAGGCACGACUACUCUUGGAAGAUGUAAUCGAACCGUUUCAAAAUUGGGCUGAACCACUCCCCAGUUUUUUACACGAGGAGGAAAAUAAGACGCACAGUGGCGAAAAGUGAUAAUUUAUGUAGUAAAUUAAUUUUGGUGAAAAUAAAAUAAAGCAAUUAAUUUUGUAUCUCAAA